AUGGAGCCGCUGGAGACGAACAGCAGCUGCAGCAACGGGUCUCUGAUCACCCUUUCGUGCCUUUCCCACCGGGCUGUGUGCCAAGUGAUCAGCAGUGCUGUCCCAGCUGAGUCCAUCCAGGACAAUGGCACUUCAGACAGCUCCUGGAUAACUCGGCUGGAAAACAACUAUGGAUUCUACAUUGGCCUGGGCUUGGCUGUCUUCUCCAGCUUCCUCAUCGGGAGCAGCGUCAUCCUCAAGAAAAAGGGGCUGCUAAGGCUGGUGGAGAAGGGAGGCACCAGGGCAGGAGAUGGAGGCCAUGGCUACCUAAAGGACUGGCUCUGGUGGGCUGGCUUGUUAACCAUGGGUGGAGGGGAAGCUGCCAACUUUGCUGCCUAUGCCUUUGCUCCUGCAACUAUUGUCACGCCUCUGGGGGCUCUGAGCGUGCUCAUAAGUGCCAUUCUGUCAUCAUAUUUGCUCGGAGAACGGCUCAACCUGCUGGGAAAGCUGGGCUGCCUGCUGAGCCUGGUGGGCAGCACUGUGAUGGUCAUACACGCCCCAGAGGACGAGGAGGUCACCACUCUGGAGGAAAUGACUUCCAAGCUGAAGGAGCCGGGUUUUCUGGCUUAUGCUGCAAUCCUCCUGGCUCUCUGCUUCCUCCUGAUCUUCUACCUCGCCCCCCGUUACGGCCAGAGCAACAUCCUCAUCUACCUCGCCAUCUGCUCCGUUAUCGGCGCCUUCUCCGUGUCCUCCGUCAAGGGCUUGGGAAUUGCCAUCAAGGGCUUCUUUGCUGGCCAGCCUGUGCUACAGAACCCACUGACCUGGAUCCUGGUCAUCACGCUGGUGGCAUCCAUCACCACACAGAUCAACUACCUCAACAAGUCUCUGGACAUUUUCAACACCUCUUUGGUGUUCCCCAUCUACUAUGUGCUGUUCACCACCAUCGUCAUCACCACUUCCAUCAUCCUCUUUAAGGAGUGGGUCACCAUGACUGUGGUUGACAUCAUUGGGACAGUCUGUGGCUUCCUCACCAUCAUUUUGGGGGUGUUUUUACUCCAUGCUUUCAAAGACAUGGACGUCAGUUUUGGGAAUUUACCCCAAGUCCUUCAGAACGAAGAGCCAGCGCCGGUCACCAGAGAUGACAAGAACAUCCUGAUAGAGGUGGACAACUCCAGCAUUGCCCCAGAGGACAAACCCAAAGCACUUGCAUGAACUCUAAAAUCCACACCAGCGUCUGGAGAGGAGGUGAGAGACAAGGACUGAUCAGUGC